AUGGCCGACGCCACCGUCAUGUCGCUGGCAGUGUCGGAUAAGACAAACAGCCACGGCAGCGAGCAACCUGAUUUCUCCAUUGAACAGGUCCAGCUCCAGUUUGGCCUCAAUCACGACCUUCGAACAAUUCGGGUCGCCAAUGAUCACAUGGUAUUGUUCAUGAGUAGCCAGAUGGCGCUAAUUGACCUUGACAACCCCAGUCAAGUGAAAAACGUCCCCUUACCGGCUAAUGAGACGUUUAAGGCGGGGUUCAUUGACCCCCUGGGAGUCCAUGUCAUCGUGCAAACCCAUUCGCUCAGUUGUUUCUACCUCCAUGCACCUACUUACUCUCAGCUCAAGCCGCUCCAUAAGUUUAGAGGGAUUACCGAGAUUGUUUCCAUUGAGUUCUCUCCCCCGACUCAGGAAUUAUCUACUGGAGAUUUCUUAUUAGCGACGGAACUGGCAGUAUAUAUUGGGAAUAUCAAAGCGCAUUCAGCAACCGAGGGCAACAAGAAAGAUGAUAAAUUCCUCAAGCAAGUUUGGAAGCUGGAUCAAGUUUUGGUGGGGGCAGUAUUCCUGAAGAGUUAUACACAGAUUCAUGUAUUUUCGAAUUACAAGCACUGGACGUGGGAUACGUUUGAUACAUCUUUGGGAGAGAUACUGAGGGUGAUGAAGACCGCCCCAAUUGAACAUGAAUUGAAUGGCAAGCAAUGGAUGCUAUGCAGUCUGCCGGAUCAUCUGUUCGUGUUGAUCGACCAACAGCCUCCACAUGCUAUUGAAAGUGAUCACCCUGAGAUUCUCCUCAGCAACUUGAAGCAAUUGGAUGAAAUUUCUGGAACUCUCCACCAAAUUUGUGUACUGUCACAUCAUUUAUUUUGCAUGGCUUUGAACGCCCCAAUUGUGUAUUUGGUCAAUACCCUCAGUGAGGGCUCCUUUCAAAAGAUCAGUCUUCCAGAGGUAGCCAAAUCAACCCAAUACUCAAUCACAUCUGAUGUUACUAAAGGUACAUAUUGGGUGUACAAUCGUAACCUGAUAUUCGAGAUCGUGGUCGAAAAUGAACUGAUUCUGGUGUGGCACAACUACUACAAGUUAGGCAAAUAUGACGAAGCUUUGGCCUGCCUUCCUGAUGAGCCAGUGAAUGCAGCUAAACGAGAUAUGGUUCACAUUCGCCAGGGUUAUGAUUACCUUCAAAAAGGAGGCUUUGGUCUUGAUGUGGGUGGAGAACAUACCGACGACGACAAUACUCAAUUGGCCGCACUUCAAAUCAAGGGAAUGAAAAUUCUAGCAGAACUGAGUGAGCUGUUUGAGAAAGUCUGUUUGAUGCUUUUGAAUCAUAGGCCACAGGCCGGAAUUUCUAAUGCACGAGCAGCUAUGCUGCUGCGGCUUCUUGUGGAAUAUUUGCUUAUAAAGUUCCGCCUUGCUCGUGAGGCUCGCAAUCACAUUCAGAUGGUAGUUCUUUCCCUGUUGAUCGUGGAGCAGCUUCUAACCACACUUAGCCACACGCAAAAUAAAACUAGCCGUCGUGAACUUGACGACCAAUUUCGAGAAUUCUUACAACAAAAUUUUCGAUACUUUGAUAAGGACACCAUUUAUCAAAUCAUCAGUCGUCUCCACUUUCAUGAUAAGUUGGUCUACUAUGCUGACUUGAUCAAAGACUAUGACUAUAUUAUUCAUUACUAUAUUGAUCGGAGUGAAUGGUCAGCAGCUUUAGCCCUGGUGGCCAAGGUGUUUUUCAGCAAUGAUCAUUCAAAUGACAUCAUUUACGAUACCCUGUCGACAUUAUUGUUGAAUUAUCCCCAGGGGACAGUUGAGAUGUGGCUCAAACUUCAAAAUGCUGAGGGCGUCGACGAAGCAUUUGACCCGAUUAAAGUUCUUCCAGCGUUGCUUACUUAUAACCGCCAAUCACGCCUUGACAGUGUGGGCGAUAAUAAGGCUAUCACGUACCUUCUGCGAUUGAUUUAUGAUAAGGCCGUGCGAAACCGAACCAUUAAUAAUUAUUACCUCAUGCUUUUGUUGGCUUAUUCUAGGGAUUAUGAGGUUGUUGCCAAACAUUUAAUGAAGUUCCUACAACUGGGAAUAGGUCCAUUCGACCUGCAAGUUGUCUUGCGAAUGUGCGUUGCACAACAACAUUUCCAAGCAGCAGUAUGGGUGUUGAUUGACUUGGGAUUAUAUGACCAAGCUUUAGAGGUGCUGAUUCGCCAUAGGCUUCCAAAAUUGGGAGAAUUUGUGCUUCGCAAAUAUGAUCAAAACCACAGGGAAGAUGAGGGGACUGCGUCGACAGGUGUUCAGCUUUCUCGUGCAAAUUUUGCCAAUCGCAAGAGACUUUGGUUGGAGUAUUCCCGUUAUCUCAUCGAUGAGGUUGAGCUGGAUCCGGUGAGAGAGUUUGUUGGUAUUGGAGAUGCUGAGAUGGACCAUCUGAAGAAGCUUAAUUUAGUGCUUCGCUUUUUACUUGAGCUUGACGGUCAAAUGAAGCAAGAGGGUACUGUGACACUCAAAGAUUUAUUACCCUUGUUACCGGACCUGGUUAUCAUUAAUGAUUUCCGCGACGAGAUCGUGAAAUCGCUCAACACCUACAAUUCCAGCAUCAAUCAAUUGCUGUUAGAAAUGAAGGAGCUGUUGUCAAUUGCUGCCCGCCUCAAAGAGGAGAUUCGCGAAAUGACACAGGUGAGUACGAAGGCCAAGUUAGCCCUGGUGAUUCAACCAGGCGAACCGUGUCAUCUUUGUCAAAAACUUUUGCUCUCCACCAAAAGUGUUGUUUAUUUCCCGAAUUGUCAUCAUGGUUUCCAUAAGCAAUGCGUGGUCCGAGCUUAUCUUGAUCUGGGGAACUACCAAUUCCGCAAAGCAUUCACUCAAUUCAAGCGUCACAAUGCUUUGGUGAAUAAGGAAGAGAUGGAGAAAAUGUUGGUCAAGGAGUGCUUCUUGUGCAGUGACCAUAAUAUCACCACAAUUGACGAGCCUUUCGAAGAGGAAACAGGCUGGGAGUUAUAA